AUGGCAGCAGUAUCAACAUUAGCCGCAAGUAUGGAUGGUGGUGGUGGUGGUGGUUUUAAUGCCAGUGGAACUGGUGGUAUAGAAAUGGCUAAAGCAUUAUCAACUAUGCAAUUACGUAACGAACAAUUUCGUCAAUUAUAUGAACAACUUAAACAAGAAUAUGCAACAUUAUCUGAUGCAUAUACUGAUUGUCAACGAACAUUAGAAAAAUCUACAGAAGAAAAUCGUCAAAUGCAAGAAAAAUUUAAAAAUCUACUUGAUAAAUUACAAAUGGAUAAUAGAAAGAAACAAACACAAAUUGAAGAAAUGAAAACACAGUUACUUGACAAUAGUAAAAUUGAUCAAAUUCGUGAUCGUUUAUCUUCAGAAGUUGAAGGUCCAUAUAAAUUAGCUUUAUCACAAUUAGGUAGUCAAUUAGAACAAACUAAAAGUGAAUUAACCAAAGUUCGUUUUGAAUUAAAUGCUCGAAUAAAAGAACAUACAUCUGAAUUAUCUCAACGAGAUCAAAUAGCUGAAGAAAUUCAAUUAAAAACUGAAAAAGAAUUAGGAGCAUUAAGAAAAGAACGUGAUCUUCUUCAACAACAUAUUCGUCAAGAACAUCAAAAAGAUUCAAACAUUGAACAAAAUCGUUCAAGAGAAAUAAUACAAUUAAAAGCUAAAGUUGAACAGUACACUCAAGAAUUAAAUGAAGCAAGAGAAGUUAAACUUCAUGCUGAACAAAUUGCUGCAGCUGCACAAAGAGAAUUAUUAAAAGAACGUUCCGUAUCAAAAACUAGUUCAUCUCUAGUUGAAAAUGAACGAGAUUCAUUGAGACAACAACUAACAAAAACUCAUCAUGAAUUAACAUCAACUAGUGAUCAAUUAGCUACAAUUAAUCGACAAUUACAUGAACGAGAUCUUCGAAUUUCACAAAUCAAUUCAGAAUAUGAAAAUAUUCAACAUCGAUAUAAACUUGAAGUUGCAAAUCAUAAAAUUGAUUUAGCUAAAGUACAAAGAGAUCAAUUAGAACAACAAGAACAAUUAAAAAUACAUAUUCAAGAAUUAGAAGAAAAAAUUGGAUUAUUGAGUUCGGAUAAAGCCAAAUUACAACUGGUGAUUCAGGAAAAGGAACAUCAUUUACUCACAAGUGUUCAAGCAGCUCGAGAAGAUGAAUGGAAAAAAAUUAGUGAAAUAACUAAUGAAAAACUUAAUUUCGAAACUGAAGUAAAUAUUUUAAAAAAAUCAAAUGAUGAACGACAAAAACAAUUUGAAAUUGAACGUGAUCGUUUAUAUGAACAAGUGAAAAGUUUAGAAAAAAUUCGUGAUGAAUUAACUAAAGAAAAUACAUAUUUAAAUACAACGAUUAAACAAGGCACUGAUUGUCAAAAUGAUCUUGAACGUGAACAAGAAAAAUCUCGUGAACUUUAUAGAAAAUGUAUUAAACUUGAAACUCAACUUUCUUCAACAAAUGGAAUUGAACAAGAAUUAACCGAAAUAAAUUUAAAAUUAAAAAAUGAAUUGAAUCAAUUAAUGAAUGAAUAUCAUUCAAAUAAACAAGAAGUUCAACAGAUGAAUAAUCAAUGUACAACAACAAUUGAAAAUGCACGUCGAGCAUUUUUUACUGAUAGAAAAGAUAUGGAAAUUAAAAUUGAACAAUUAGUUGAACAAUUAAAAAAAUAUAAGAAGAAAAUACUUGAAUUACAAAAAGAAAAAAAAGAUUAUCGAUCACGUUAUCAAAAUUUUUCACAAAAAUUAGUUGAAAAAAGUCAAUUAAUUGAAGCUAAACUGAAUGAAAUUAAACAAAAAGAAUUAAGUUUACAAAAUGUGGUUAGUCUUCAAACACAUAAUCAAUUAAAACGUCAAUUAUCACAAUUAUUAAAAAAACAUGCACAAUUUCAAACAGUUCUUGAUGUGAAUAAUACAAAUCAAUCAUCGAUACCAUCAGAUGAUAAAUAUGAUCUUAAUUCAAUGUUAAAUCGUCUUGAUCGUUUAUCAUACGAACAGAACCAUCAAUUGAAUGAUUUUAUUCCAAUGAAAGAGUCUUCAGUUACUCUUUCAAAUCAACAUGAAUUAUCUUCUUCUUCUACAUCAAAUAAACGACAAACAGUUCAAUUUGAAGAAGAUAAUUAA